UGGUUCUCCUGGCUGGUUCUAGCUGAGACUGAGAGCUGGAGCUGGGCAUGGCGGGGGCAGCAGGACUCAGCUUUGUGUUUGGAGUGUUCUCAGUGAUUCAGUGUGAGGGGGUCUUCACUGAGGGGCUGAGAGGUGGUGCCUCCAGUGCAGUCUUUCAGAGAUUUUCUGAUGUAGUGAGUGCAGCCAUGGACGUGAACCUCCACAAAGCACAGAGAGAACCAGGGGCAGAGCCGCCACCGUCCCUCAGACAGGGAGGCCACUCACUGCUCCAAGAGCGAGGUCAAUACCAGGAGCACGGCAAGCCGGACUCUGAGCGCCUCCAUGAUAUAGUGACCAAUGACAGUCAUGGAAACAGCUCACAGAUUGAGAGAGACAUGGACCACAUCUAUUAUGUCUCCAAAAUCUACGGCCCCACGGAAGCUGCAGGCCGGGACCUGUGGAUAAACAUUGAGCAGAUGGACAAAGGAAAGAUUCAUGGAGAGAUUUCCAACACCCACAGACAAGCUUUGAGAGUGAACUUGUCCUUCGAGUUUCCCUACUAUGGACAUUUACUGAGAGAGAUCACCAUCACUACAGGCGGCUUCCUCUACACCGGAGGGAUCCUCCACAAGAUGCUGACAGCCACUCAGUACAUCGCUCCACUCAUGGCCAACUUUGACCCAAGCAUCUCUCCAAACUCCACCAUAGUUUACUGUGACAAUGGUUCAGCUCUUGUUGUGCAGUGGGAUCACGUUUACCUCCAAGACGCCUCACAUCUGGGUAGUUUCACCUUCCAGGCUGCUCUACACAGCGAUGGCAGGAUCACCUUUGCCUACAAAGAGAUUCCCACUGACAUCAAUGAGAUCAGUUCAGUGAAUCACCCUGUAAAAGUCGGCCUUUCUGAUGCUUUUGUGGUGCUUCACAAGAUUCAGCAGAUUCCUGAUGUCCGAAGAAGAACAAUAUAUGAAUACCAUCGAGUUGAGCUUCUGAAAUCCAAGAUUACCAACCGCUCCUCCGUUGAGAUGCUGCCUCUGCCGACCUGCCUCCAGUUCUCCAGCUGUGACAGCUGCACUACGGCUCACAUCGGAUUCAACUGUAGCUGGUGCAGCCGCCUUCAGAGAUGUUCCAGUGGCUUUGACCGAAAUCGACAGGACUGGGUUGACAGCGGAUGUCUGGAUGAGAUGAAGAACCAGAGCUGCAGUCAGACUGCAAAUAUAUCCCAGCACCUCAGUGUAACCAUUACACCGCCAAUCAAUAAAGCUGUGGACGCAGGAACGACAGGGAAGAUCUCCAGGUCUAAGGCUUCAGCAAAGCCUACCAGAACCUCCACAACGACCAGAAGUACCAGAACCGGCUCAGCCACAGACUCUUCUCCCAACAGCACCCAUACUGAGGAUGACACAAACAUGGCACUUCAUUUGACAGAAGAUGGAGCCUCUGCCACAGACAGUCUAGAGAAUAAGAAUGAAGAGAGGCUGCAGACGGGUCUGCUCGUGGGUAUUUUGGUCACUAUGCUGCUUUUGGUGACUGCAGUAAUGGUGACACUCUACAUGUACCACCACCCUACGUCCACCGCCAGUUUGUUCUUCAUAGAGAGAAGACCAAGGCACUGGCCUGCAAUGAAGUUUCGUCGAGGCUCUGGCCAUCCAGCCUAUGCGGAAGUGGAAGCUAUGGCCCGAGACAAGGAAGGCUUCAUUGUAAUGGAGCCCAAAGACAGCUUCAUUAUUUCAGACCGGCGAGAGAGCUCCGUCACCACUGACCAAAGAGACGGCUUCAUCGUGCCUGACCAGAGAGAACGCUUUCUCGUCAUGGAGACUUGCUGACAUAUAGUUCCAAUCCCAGCCCACUGUGGAAGAGACUUACAGAUAGAAACAUACCUCAGAAAAAAGUUGUCUUCUUCUCUCAAUUCUUUAUUUAUUUUGACAACAGCUGUGGAUAUAAUCAGUUGAACACUGGGGGUGGUGAAAAUGAUGCUGUACUUUUUAAGAAGGGGACAUUGUCUGUUCACAGUAUCCUUUUUGCACUACAGACAGUUUUCUAACAAGGGGAAAGACAUUUUCUUGACACAGUGUGAACAUACACUCUCUUAGGCCAUUUUCACAUUACCAGGCUAGAACGACUCUGCCUUAAUCAGACCUGCCAGCAUGUACGCAUUUUGCGUAACGGGUACAAAUUUUUACCUUCAAGUAGACUUAAGUAAGAGUCCAUGUUCUAAAGUAUGCAUAUCAUUUGAUGUCACAUUUCGCCAUGCUGUACCAAGUUUGUUUUUGUGAAUGUGUUUGCGUCCAUUUGCGCAGGAAAGUUACCUACUGAGCCCUCAGGUACUUUCAUCCACACUUCACUUUCCUCCAAACUGUCACUGUGCUGAAGACUCUCUCAAUCUCUCUCUCUCUAACUUGAGAUAUGAUAAUACAGUAAAAAAAAUAACUCUAGUCUUCCAGACUUAAACCACACAAUGCUAUUAUUACUGCCCUUCUCCCAAACAUACAUGGGGAAAAAAAACUACCAGCAUUAAAAAAAGUAAAUCAUGAUUUUAUUUGAUUUAAGCGAGUGACACAAUUAAUAUAAAUACAAUUCAAUUUUGUCAAAAUAAUGCUGAUUUUUUAUUUUAAAUUUUUGAAUACCUAAUAAUAAAAGCUUAAGAUAAUCCGGUCGGUCACGUGGUUUACACAUGUGCACUGUUUCAUAUUUGCACUGGUGAUUUUAAUAUUUUUGUUUCAAGUAAUUAAAAAAACUAUUAUAUAUAUAUAUAUUUUUUUUUAUUACCU